AUGUCAUGCUGCUCAUGUGACGGUGAAUACAGCCUGCUGUGUCCUGAUGCUGAGGUGAUCCAGUGCAUUUUUGUGCUGCUCCGCAUCAGUGAAAAACAGGUUAGCAGGAAUUUGUUCUGUGUUUGUCAAUGUCAUUCAUUAACCCUUUACACUCAUGGAAAUUGGCCUAUUUGAAUAGGGCAACAUUGAAAUGUUUCUAACAGAAUAAAUAUUAAAAGCGUAUGCAUGACCAUGGUACCAAUUAAAAGAGAACACUGGAGAUUAUGGGGAAAUUCGGACCAAAAGUGAGGACAGAACAGUUCCAGACAUUACACUGUUGAUUUUACAGUGCCUUAAUUUGUGUACAUGCAUAGUUAUAGUGCCUCCAGAAAGUAUUCAUAACCCUUUACUUUUUCCACAUUUUGUUGUUACAGCCUGAAUUUAAAAUGUAUUAAAUUGAGAUGUGUCACUGGCCUACACACAAUACCCCCAUAUUAAUUAAAAAUGAAAUGCUGAAAUGUCUUGAGUCAAUAAGUAUUCAACCCAUUUGUUAUGGCAACCCUAAAUAAGUUCAGGAGUAAACAUUUACUUAACAAGUCCCAUAAUAAGUUGCAUGGACUCUAUAAUAAUAGUAGUGUUUACCAUGAUUUUUGAAUGACUACCUCAUCUCUGUACCCCACACAUACAAUUACCUCUAAGGUCCCUCAGUUGAGUAGUGAAUUUCAAACACCGAUUCAUCCACAAAGACCAGGGAGGUUUUCCAAUGCCUUGCAAGGAAGAGCACCUAUUGGUAGAUGGGUAAAAACUCUGUGCGGUUGUUUUGGGCCCUGUACAAGGCCCGGUGAGUUUGGGGGGGUUCCCCCCCUCUCUUACAGCUGGCAAUGUUAUAAGAAUCCCCCCCCCCAUCCUCCACAUGCUCUGUUUAGCUAGCUCAUCGUUUACAAUAGGUAAAGUGAAUGGGAAAAUAAGUUUGAAGUGUCCUCACCUGUCUGUGUGUUAUUUCAACAUCAACAAAAACUCCAUAACUUGAAAGACCUGAUUGCUAAGGUCAUUUUAAGAUGUGAGGCUUGAAAACCAUUUCAGCCAUUUUGGCACAGUAACGCACUACCCAAACCAGACCAACUGGUUUCAAGUGGCCAAGAGACAUCAUGUGAUCUACUACUGCAAUCUAGUGGACGAACUGGGAAUCAGACAAGUGAUAUAUUUAAAUCAAUGGAUAGGUAGAGACUUCAGCUUUUUCCUCAUACAGUAGGUAAAUCAUUAAUGUAAGACAAAAAAUGAAGGCAUGGCACGUUGUACAAGCCCUGCACUUUUAAAAUGGCUGUGUUCCUAUGGGGAUUUGCGCAUGUUUAGAGCGCCGCUAUUCGGUUUAAUAUCUGACAAAAUAUGUUUAUUGAAUUUCUUUAAAAUCCUUUUGGAACAGUAAUUGGUGACAUAUUUGAUCCCAAACCUAGACUUUCAAAUCUCUUAUUCAAAUCUCUAAUAUAAAAAAGCAGACAUUGAAUAUCCCUUUGAGCAUGGUGAAGUUAUUAAUUACACUUUGGAUGGUGUAUCAAUACACCCAGUCACUACAAAGAUACAGGCGUCCGUCCUAACUCAGUUGCCGGAGAGGAAGGAAACCGGUUAGGAAUUUCACCAUGAGGCCAAUGGGGACUUUAAAACAGUUACAGAGUUUAAUGGCGUUGAUGGGCAAAAACUGAGGAUGGAUCAACAACAUUGUAGUUACUCCACAAUACUAACCUAAUUGACAGAGUGGAAAGAAGGAAGCCUGUACAGAAUACAAAAACAGUGGUGUGAAAAAGUGUUUGCCCCCUUCCUGAUUUCUUUGCAUGUUUGUCACACUUAAAAUGUUUCAGAUCAAACAAAUUUAAACAUUAGUCAAAGAUAACACAAGUAAACACAAAAUGCAGUUUUGAAAUGAAGGUUGUUAUUAUUAAGGGAAAACAAAAUCCAAACCCACAUGGCCCUGUGUGAAAAAGUGAUUGCCCCCUACAACCUAAUAACUGGUUGGGCCACCCUUAGCAGCAACAACUGCAAUCAAGUGUUUUGCGAUAACUUGGAAUUAGUCUUUUACAGCGCUGUGGAGGAAUUUUGGCCCACUCAUCUUUGCAGAAUUGUUGUAAUUCAGCCACAUUGGAGGGUUUUCGAGCAUGAACUGCCUUUUUAAGGUCAUGCCACAGCAUCUCAAUAGGAUUCAGGUCAGGACUUUGAUUAGGCCACUCCAAAGUCUUCAUUUUGUUUUUCUUCAGCCAUUCAGAGGUGGACUUGCUGGUGUGUUUUGGAUCAUUGUCCUGCUGCAGAACCCAAGUUUGCUUCAGCUUGAGGUCACAAACAGAUGGCCGGACAUUCUCCUUCAGGAUUUUUUGGUAGACAGCAGAAUUCAUGGUUCCAUUUAUCACAGCAAGUCUUCUAGGUCCUGAAGCAGCAAAACAGGCCCAGACCAUCACACUACCACCGCCAUAUUUUACUGUUGGUAUGAUGUUCUUUUUCUAAAAUGCGGUGUUACUUUUACGCCAGAUGUAAUGAGACACACACCUGCCAAGAAGUUCAACUUUUGUCUCGUCAGUCCACAGAGUAUUUUCCCAAAGGUCUUGGGGAUCAUCAAGAUGUUUUCUGGCAAAAAUGAGACGAGCCUUGAUGUUCUUUUUGCUCAGCAGUGGUUUUCGUCUUGGAACUCUGCCAUGCAGGCCAUUUUUGCCCAGUCUCUUUCUUAUAGUGGAGUCAUGAACACUGACCUUAACUGAGGCAAGUGAGGCCUGCAGCUCUUUGGAUGUUGUUGUGGGGUCUUUUGUGACCUCUUGGAUGAGUCGUCGCUGCGCUCUUGGGGUAAUUUCGUUCGGCCAGCCACUCCUGGGAAGGUUCACCACUGUUCCAUGUUUUCGCCAUUUGUGGAUAAUGGCUCUCACUGUGGUUCGCUGGAGUCCCAAAGCUUUAGAAAUGGCUUUAUAACCUUUUCCAGACUGAUGGAUCUCAAUUACUUUAUUUCUCAUUUGUUCCUGAAUUUCUUUGGAUCUCGGCAUGAUGUCUAGCUUUUGAGGAUCUUUUGGUCUACUUCACUUUGUCAGGCAGGUCCUAUUUAAGUGAUUCCUUGAUUGAGAACAGGUGUGGCAGUAAUCAGGCCUGGGUGUGGCUAGAGGAAUUGAACUCAGAUGUGAUAAACCACAGUUGAGUUGUGUUGUAACGGGGGGCAAACACUUUUUCACACAGGGCCAUGUAGGUUUGGGUUUUGUUUUCCCUUAAUAAUAACAACCUUCAUUUCAAAACUGCAUUUUGUGUUUACUUGUGUUAUCUUUGACUAAUAUUUAAAUUUGUUUGAUGAUCUGAAACAUUUAAGUGUGACAAACAUGCAAACAAAUAACAAAUCAGGAAGGGGGCAAACACUUUUUCACACCACUGUAUUCCAAAACAUGCAUCCUGUUUGCAACAAGGCACUAAAGUAAUACAAAGUGUUAUGUUUGGGGCAAAUCCAAUACAACACAUUACUGAGUACCACUCUCCAUAUUUUCAAGCAUAGUGGUGGCUGCAUCAUUUCCAUUGAGGAACUGAAGCAAGUACACUUGAAGUUUUUUAUUUGGAACACAGACCUUCAUCCCAACCAUCACACAAUUACUGUUGUCGUUUACUUAAUCCAAAAACAUUCCAUUAUAAAUCACAAUCUGGGUCAGGUGGGCAUAAUUUUGAAGAUUAUUCUAUUGCCAACAUGACCAGCUAAAUUAUAAAAUAUGAUCUUACAGUGUAAUUUUGGUGUGCAUAGAAUGGAGUCAUGAGUACAUUCAAGUGCGUGUUCGGCGGCAAAUUUUCUUCACAAUAUGACAAUCAUAGGCUCAUUCUGUUCCUAAUAUGGAAAUGUGAAGUGCACAUUUGAACCCACAGGUGUGUGGUUUGCUUGUAUGACAUCAAAGCGGUAUUAUUAAAAUCCUCAACAUCUCAUCUUUCAGAACACAUUGACUCCUCUCGAUUUACAGCAUUCCCCUCACUCAGACAACAACACAUUUGCUAAAGUAGCCCAAUUAGCAGAAGGGAUGGGGCAUCUUUUUGUUGCGUGAGGUACACACGAAACCCAUACAGCGAUGUAAAGCAGAGAGCCUGAGCUCUGGCGUCAUAUACAGUGCAUUUGGAAAGUAUUCAGACCCCUUCACUUUUUCCACAUUUUGUUACGUUAUUGCCUUAUGCUAAAAUGGAUUAAAUUAAAACAGAAAUGCCUUAUUUACCUAAAUAUUAAGACCCUUUGCUAUGAGACUCAAAAUGAGCUCAGGUGCAUCCUGUUUCCAUUGAUCAUCCUUGAUGUUUCUACAACUUGAUUGGAGUCCACCUGUGGUAAAUUCAAGUGAUUGGACAUGAUUUGGAAAGGCACACACCUGUCUAUAUACAGUGCAUUCAGAAAGUAUUCAGACCCCUUGACUUUUUCCACAUUUUGUUCACGUUACAGCCUUACUCUAAAAUGGAUUAAAUAUCUACACACAAUACCCCAUAAUGACAAAGCAAAAACAGGUUUUUAGUAAUGUUAGCAAAUGUAUUACAAAUAAAAACAGAAAUGCCUUAUUUACAUACGUAUACAGACCCUUUGCUAUGAGACUCAAAAUUGAGCUCAGAUGCAUCCUGUUUCCGUUGAUCAUCCUUGAGACGUUUCUACAACUUGAUUGGAGUCCACCUGUGGUAAAUUAAAUUGAUUGGACUUGAUUUGGAAAGGCACACACCAGAGCAAAAACCAAGCCAUGAGGUCGAAGGAAUUGUCUGUAGAGCUCAGAGACAGGAUUGUGUCGAGGCACAGAUCUGGGAAAGGAUAUCAAAAUAUUUCUGCAGCAUUGAAGGUCCCCAAGAACACAGUGGCCUCGAUCAUUGUUAAAUGGAAGAAGUUUGGAACCACCAAGACUCUUCCUAGAGCAGGCCGCCCGGCCAAACUGAGCAAUCGGGAGAGAAGGGCCUUGGUCAGGGAGGUGACCAAGAACCCGAUGGUCACUCUGACAGAGCUCCAGAGUUCCUCUGUGGAGAUGGGAGAACCUUCCAGAAGGAAAACCAUCUCUGCAGCACUCCACCAAUCAGGUUCUUUAUGGUAGAGUGGACAGACGGAAGCCACUCCUCAGUAAAAGGCACAUGACAGCCCGCUUGGAAUUUGCCAAAAGGCGCCUAAAGGACUCUUAGACCAUGAGAAACAAGAUUCUCUGGUCUGAUGAAACCAAGAUUGAACUCUUUGGACUGAAUUCCAAGCUUCACGUCUGGGGGAAACCUGGCAUCAUCCCUACGGUGAAGCAUGGUGGUGGCAGCAUCAUGCUGUGGGGAUGUUUUUCAGUGGCAGGGACUGGGAGACUAGUCAGGAUCGUGGGAUAGAUGAACGGAGCAAAGUACAGAGAGAUCCUUGAUAAAAACCUGCUCCAGAGUGCUCAGGACCUCAGACUGGGGCGAAGGUUCACCUUCCAACAGGACAACAACCCUAAGCACACAACCAAGACAACGCAGGAGUGGCUUCAGAACAAGUCUGAAUGUCCUUGAGUGGCCCAGGUAGAGCCCGAACUUGAACCCGAUCGAACAUCUCUGGAGAGACCUGAAAUUAGCUGUGCAGCGACGCUCACCAUCCAAACUGACAGAGCUUGAGAGGAUCUGCAGAGAAGAAUGGGAGAAACUCCCCAAAUACAGGUGUGCCAAGCUUGUAGCGUCAUACCCAAGAAAGAAGACUUGAGGCUGUAAUCGCUGCCAAAGGUGCUUCAACAAAGUACUGAGUAAAGGUUCUGAAUACUGUUUUGGUUUUGUCAUUAUGGGGUAUUGAUUAGGGGGGGGGGGGGAAACAAUUUAAUCAAUUUUAGAAUAAGGCUGUAGUUUAACUAAAUGUGGAAAAAGUGAAGGUGUCUGAAUACGUUCCGAAUGCACUGUAUUGUAUGUUACUGUACAGCCACUGCGUUUAAAUUUAGGUGCUUUUCAAUGACCAAAUCUGCUUUUUUCAACCCGUGUACGGGAUGACAGGUACUGUGAGUAUAAAGGACUACCCAGGUAACCUAAUGAUUUUCCUGGAAACCUUCAGAAAGUCCCCUCUAACUGGGAUAUAAUGGGUAUGUCAUUCCAUUAGUAGUCAUCGAGACAUGCAUGCAUUGAUAGAGGGCGACAUAAACAUUUUAUUAUGGAGCUGUAUUAAAGCCUAGUCAAUAUACUGUAGGUUAUUCUAUUGCUAUUUUAAAAAAUGAGGAUAUUGCUGUUACUCAUAGAAGACUACAUUUAAUCUGUCUUUUAACACCCCAUCUGCCUUGGCUGCUCUCUCUGACUCUGCAGCACCUGAAGGACAAGUUCUGAAACUUGGUUGCUGGGUGGGAUGGGAAGGGGUUGGGAGGCAUGCUUUCCGGGUAGGGAGGGAGGAAGCGGGUGGGUGGAUGGGGACUGAGGGGAGGAAUGGGUUUGGGUCAUCUUUGUAUGUUUUUAUUUGAAUGUUUCUGAACCUGUAACCCCCCUCUGAAAAAGAAAAAUGACAAAACUGAAUAAAAAGUUGGUCACCCCAAAUAAAGUACUGGAACUUCAUUUUCUACAGGGGUGCUGAAUGUUCAGACUCUGGAGGAGGUGGUGAUGUGGUCUAUGGUUCCAUGGUCCAGUUCUGCAAGUACCGCUUUGAAUAUGUACGUUUCCCAUAGUCCUAUACAGUGGGGAGAACAAGUAUUUGAUACACUGCCGAUUUUGCAGGUUUUCCUACUUACAAAGCAUGUAGAGGUCUGUUUUUUUUUAAUCAUAGGUACACUUCAACUGUGAGAGACGGAAUUUGAAAAAGAAAUCCUGAAAAUCACAUUGUAUGAUUUUUAAGUAAUUAAUUUGCAUUUUAUUGCAUGACAUAGGUAUUUGAUACAUCAGAAAAGCAGAACUUAAUAUUUGGUACAGAAACCUUUGUUUGCAAUUACAGAGAUCAUACGUUUCCUGUAGGUCUUGACCAGGUUUGCACACACUGCAGCAGGGAUUUUGGCCCACUCCUCCAUACAGACCUUCUCCAGAUCCUUCAGGUUUCGGGGCUGUCGCUGGGCAAUACAGACUUUCAGCUCCCUCCAAAGAUUUUCUAUUGGGUUCAGGUCUGGAGACUGGCUAGGCCACUCCAGGACCUUGAGAUGCUUCUUACGGAGCCACUCCUUAGUUGCCCUGGCUGUGUGUUUCGGGUCGUUGUCAUGCUGGAAGACCCAGCCACGACCCAUCUUCAAUGCUCUUACUGAGGGAAGGAGGUUGUUGGCCAAGAUAUCACGAUACAUGGCCCCAUCCAUCCUCCCCUCAAUACGGUGCAGUCCUCCUGUCCCCUUUGCAGAAAAGCAUCCCCAAAGAAUGAUGUUUCCACCUCCAUGCUUCAUGGUUGGGAUGGUGUUCUUGGUUGUACUCAUCCUUCUUCUUCCUCCAGACACGGCGAGUGGAGUUUAGACCAUAAAGCUCUAUUUUUGUCUCAUCAGACCACAUGACCUUCUCCCAUUCCUCCUCUGGAUCAUCCAGAUGGUCAUUGGCAAACUUCAGACGGGCCUGGACAUGCGCUGGCUUGAGCAGGGGGACCUUGCGUGCGCUGCAGGAUUUUAAUCCAUGACGGCGUAGUGUGUUACUAAUGGUUUUCUUUGAGACUGUGGUCCCAGCUCUCUUCAGGUCAUUGACCAGGUCCUGCCGUGUAGUUCUGGGCUCAUCCCUCACCUUCCUCAUGAUCAUUGAUGCCCCACGAGGUGAGAUCUUGCAUGGAGCCCCAGACCGAGGGUGAUUGACCGUCAUCUUGAACUUCUUCCAUUUUCUAAUAAUUGCACCAACAGUUGUUGCCUUCUCACCAAGCUGCUUGCCUAUUGUCCUGUAGCCCAUCCCAGCCUUGUGCAGGUCUACAAUUUGAUCCCUGAUGUCCUUACACAGCUCUCUGGUCUUGGCCAUUGUGGAGAGGUUGGAGUCUGUUUGAGUGUGUGGCAGGUGUCUUUUAUACAUGUAACGAGUUCAAACAGGUGCAGUUAAUACAGGUAAUGAGUGGAGAACAGGAGGGCUUCUUAAAGAAAAACUAACAGGUCUGUGAGAGCCGGAAUUCUUACUGGUUGGUAGGUGAUCAAAUACUUAUGUCAUGCAAUAAAAUGCAAAUUAAUUACUUAAAAAUCAUACAAUGUGAUUUUCUGGAUUUUUGUUUUAGAUUCCGUCUCUCACAGUUGAAGUGUACCUAUGAUAAAAAAUUACAGACCUCUACAUGCUUUGUAAGUAGGAAAACCUGCAAAAUCGGCAGUGUAUCAAAUACUUGUUCUCCCCACUGUAUACGAGUUAUCCUCUUUUGACAAACAAAAAUGUUUUAGUAUUUGUAAAUAGCCAAAAUCUAUAACGGUAAUCAAUAGUGUCUUUGUUCUGUAAAAACAUCUUAAUAAACUCUGAUAAUUUCCCCUUACUUUGAUUACCAUCCCGGAUCAUGAUUAGGGUUUUUGCUGUUAUGACAUUCUAUCAACAUCCACGUCAGUAUCACACUUUAUCAUUGAGUCAUAUCUUGUGUGUGUGUGUUGUUGUUGCAGCUGUCAUUCUCUCCCACCACUCCUUUGGGCAGCCAUUUGAGGGUGCUGGCUCUGCUGGUGAGCAUGCUGCUGACCUGUUGUGGCCUGCUGGGACACCCCUAUGGCAUGCACACCAUCGCCUUCAUGGCUUCUGAGGUAGGAGGCUAGAAGGUGGAUCUCAAGUGUAUUUCCUUGAUUCAUCUUCUCUCCUCAGGAGAGGAAUGUUUCUCCAAUGCAUUUUGAGAUGGAGGCGACUUUAAAAAGUCUCUAUUGGAUCCUCUUACCUUUGUUUCUCUAAUGUAUAUGGAUAAACAUUUACUGUGUAGUGCUUCUCUCUGUUUUAUGUAUACAACAUGGCCUUAUCUGAUGAUGCUCCCUGUUAUCUAAAGAGACCAUUGUUUUCUUAUGUUUCCUUUCAGUGUAUUCUGGUAUCCGUUAGAACUGGACAUGUCAUUAUUCGGUAAGUGAUUGUGUUGGCAAUAUUGUAUAUCUUGUAUGAACCCAUUACCAACUGGUGGUACAUCUGAAAAGUGGACACACACUCACACACUCUUAACCACAUGUUCCUGCUCCCUCUAGGUUCUCUAUCCACCUGUGGGACCUGAACCAUGAGGGCACUUGGGAGAGUAAGGGAUCCUACGUCUCCUGCACUGACUUUGUGAUGGAUCUGGCUCUGCAAGGCUGGACCUCAUGCAUCACAUCCACAUGCUGAUGAGUUCAAACCCCUGUCCUCAGACAUCUGUCACACAAAGCAAGCACACAAUAGUGGCAUGUCCCUAUUUGAGUUAUUACUAUUGCAUUACUAGUGUUGUAACUAAGGUCCAUUCAUCAUUAGGUCCCUUCUUGUUGUAACCAUAAUGUCUUAUUUCUACCACCUCCCCUUCUUACCCCUCCCCCUUCUCAGCUGUUCGGUACCAUCUGGCUCUCCAUUGCCAGCCUGGUGAUCUUCAUUGCAGCUACGCUACCUGUUCGACGAAGUCCGUCGCCACAAGAACUACCUCUGCGUCAUCCACAACAUGGAGGCCAGGUUUGUUGCUCAAUCAACUAGCUUUAUCUGUCUUCAAAGAGGGUGGCAGUACUUGUGUAGCCUGUUUGAAUGACCUUUUAUAUUAUACUGUAUCUAACUAUGCUCUGAGGCACAUUUGAAGGCAAAAUGAAAGCAAAAGGCGGAUUUCCGUGGUCUAAGAAGAAAAUGGACAAAGUGUUGUUCUUCUAAAUAUGUUGCUGAUUGGUUGAUUGCAGGUUUGCUGUGGCCACCUCUGAUGAGCUGGUAGCCAACAAUGAUGACUGUGCUAUCUGCUGGGACUCCAUGACUACAGAACGCAAGCUGCCCUGUGGACAUCUCUUCCACAAGUGAGCAGCUGUCUGUAAACUGUAACUCUUUUCUCCCGCGCUGUGCACAUUUGAACAACCGCAACAUCUAUCUGUUGUCGUUUGCAAUGGCUAUUGGAUAUGUAUAUAUUGAUGUUUAAAUGUCUGGGGGAAAUAUUUUUGGCUGGUGGACAUCAACUGAUAGUGAUUGAAUGAUGUGAGUCCUCCACCUUCCAAUGUGGAAGUGCUAUAUAAAUGUAGAAUAUAUAAAUGUAGAAUAUACACUGCUCAAAAAAAUAAAGGGAACACUAAAAUAACACAUCCUAGAUCUGAAUGAAUGAAAUAAUCUUAUUAAAUACUUUUUUCUUUACAUAGUUGAAUGUGCUGACAACAAAAUCACACAACAAUUAUCAAUGGAAAUCAAAUGUAUCAACCCAUGGAGGUCUGGAUUUGGAGUCACCCUCAAAAUUAAAGUGGAAAACCACACUACAGGCUGAUCCAACUUUGAUGUAAUGUCCUUAAAACAAGUCAAAAUGAGGCUCAGUAGUGUGUGUGGCCUCCACGUGCCUGUAUGACCUCCCUACAACGGCUGGGCAUGCUCCUGAUGAGGUGGCGGAUGGUCUCCUGAGGGAUCUCCUCCCAGACCUGGACUAAAGCAUCCGCCAACUCCUGGACAGUCUGUGGUGCAACGUGGCGUUGGUGGAUGGAGCGAGACAUGAUGUCCCAGAUGUGCUCAAUUGGAUUCAGGUCUGGGGAACGGGCGGGCCAGUCCAUAGCAUCAAUGCCUUCCUCUUGCAGGAACUGCUGACACACUCCAGCCACAUGAGGUCUAGCAUUGUCUUGCAUUAGGAGGAACCCAGGGCCAACCGCACCAGCAUAUGGUCUCACAAGGGGUCUGAGGAUCUCAUCUCGGUACCUAAUGGCAGUCAGGCUACCUCUGGCGAGCACAUGGAGGGCUGUGCGGCCCCCCAAAGAAAUGCCACCCCACACCAUGACUGACCCACCGCCAAACCGGUCAUGCUGGAGGAUGUUGCAGGCAGCAGAACGUUCUCCCCGGCGUCUCCAGACUCUGUCACGUCUGUCACGUGCUCAGUGUGAACCUGCUUUCAUCUGUGAAGAGCACAGGGCGCCAGUGGCGAAUUUGCCAAUCUUGGUGUUCUCUGGCAAAUGCCAAAUGUCCUGCACGGUGUUGGGCUGUAAGCACAACCCCCACCUGUGGACGUCGGGCCCUCAUACCACCCUCAUGGAGCAGACACAUGCACAUUUGUGGCCUGCUGGAGGUCAUUUUGCAGGGCUCUGGCAGUGCUCCUCCUGCUCCUCCUUGCACAAAGGCAGAGGUAACAGUCCUGCUGCUGGGUUGUUGCCCUCCUAUGGCCUCCUCCACGUCUCCUGAUGUACUGGCCUGUCUCCUGGUAGCGCCUCCAUGCUCUGGACACUACGCUGACAGACACAGCAAACCUUCUUGCCACAGCUCGCAUUGAUGUGCCAUCCUGGAUGAGCUGCACUACCUGAGCCACUUGUGUGGGUUGUAGAAUCAGUCUCAUGCUACCACUAGAGUGAAAGCACCGCCAGCAUUCAAAAGUGACCAAAACAUCAGCCAGGAAGCAUAGGAACUGAGAAGUGGUCUGUGGUCACCACCUGCAAAACCAGUCCUUUAUUGGGGGUGUCUUGCUAAUUGCCUAUAAUUUCCACCUGUUGUCUAUUCCAUUUGCACAACAGCAUGUGAAAUUUAUUGUCAAUCAGUGUUGCUUCCUAAGUGGACAGUUUGAUUUCACAGAAGUGUGAUUGACUUGGAGUUACAUUGUGUUGUUUAAGUGUUCCCUUUAUUUUUUUGAGCAGUGCAUAAAUGCCUUUGUGUGCCCAGCUCCUGCCUGCCCUCCUGGUUGGAGCAGUACACGUUAUGUCCCACAUGCUGUAUGUCUCUGAACAUCAGUGAGGGGGCCAGAGGAGAGGCAGAGGGACCCCCUGCUGGAGGACAACAUGGGCCCUGGAGGCCCCGGGCCUGAGGCACGGCCAUACCUCAACCAGCACAGCCACUUUUUCCUCUUUGACUGUGAGGCCCCAAAACUCCUCCAGUAUCCUAAUUUCUCUACUAGCUCUCAGAACCACUCUAUUUAUGUAUGCAAUUUAUUGAACUGGGAAAAGACACAAUCAACAGUUUGGCUUCCUCAUCAAUGUUAAUGUUCCUAUGAAAAUAAAUGACAGUAGUCCCUAGACUCCCUAGUUUUGUUGUUGUUUUCUGCAUCAGGUCUUAGUAUCUGUAGGGCUAAGAGCAUGCGCGAGAGUAACACCCAUAAAAUAUGCAGAUAGACAUCCCCUCAGCGGUUACUCUGAAACGGUUAGCGACUGUUCAAGCUUUUCUCUAAACACAAGACACCCGUAUACAGUGUAGAAAGUACACCUCUCAUGAAUAUUCUAUGAGCUUGUACUUACAUGUAUUUCACCCUACAAGGUUGUCGAAUUGCAAGCUGGCUGCUCAGUUUCUCAGUGGAAGUCAUGCACACAACCAACAUCCUGGGCAUUGUACAACAGGCCAACAACUCCCAGCUUAAUGCCAUGGUCAGUAUUCCUAUGGUCCAUUGAUCCAUGACUUGUGUGUUUCCAGUGCCUUGUGCAAUUAUUGUGUUAACAUUCACCUGUCCUAUUCUUUCAUGUCAGUGACAAUGAAGAAAAUUAGGUAAAUAUUGGAUGUUUGAAAUAAUGAUAAUUCUCCUCUCUCACUAUCUUUAGGACCAUCAGAUGGGGGAUAUGUUCCCUCAGGUUCCCUACCAUCUGGUGCUCCAGGACUUACAGCUGACCCACUCUGUAGAGGUCACCACUGACAACAUCCUGGUGGGACGCAUCGUGGUGCCUUUCUCCACACAUGUCAAUCCAGUCCCACUCCCACCACAAACCCUUUCUCACACAGGUCAAUCCAGUCCCACUCCCACCACAAAACCUUUCUCACACAGGUCAAUCCAGUCCCACUCCCACCACAAACCCUUUCUCACACAGGUCAAUCCCACAUCUCUAACAAAAGGUGUUUGUGUCUACUUAUGUGAGUUUAUGUUACUCCUUGGAUGGUACAUUAACAUAGGGGAAUACUAAAACAGAAUUCAGGGUCAAUUCAUCCUAUGAGCCAAUAUCACAAAUUACUUAUAAAAUGUUUUGAGUGGGAUACCUGACUUCAACAGUAAAUCCAGGAUAGUCCCUAAAAAGGUAUGCUGUGCUCCUCUUCCUGUCCAGCCUGUGGAUCGCAUAGUCUCCCAGGUCAACCUCUCCCCAGAGGAUGUGGGUGGGGCCAGCGGGACUUCAGAGGUCGUGACCCCUGAGGUGGAGGACUUUGAGCUCAGGUGCAGCCGCUUCUCCAAGUCAGCCGAGGAGAGACAGAAGAUGCUGCAGCAGAGGAAAGAUGACAUACUGCUACGAGCAUGCAGGUACUGUGUCUGCUUAUUUAAAACCACUGUUUUCCAUAGACUUCAAUGGAACACUUCCGGUUCCUAACCUGCUAGCCUGGAUUUUCAAAUUACAGUCUAUUAUGGGCAGUGUGAAUUAUGCAAAUUGUCUAUUUGUCCUCCUAUUAUUACCUUUCUAUGCUCUAUUUGUGCACGCUUGUCCAUUGAUGUUUUUGUUUUAAUAUUUUGUCCUGUAUUUUACCCUGUGUUUUUUCCAUUUCAUGCUGCUCUAUUCCAUUGACAUCCAUUUAGCUCAUUCUGUUUCUCAUGCUCCUGUUAAUGGUACUAAUCUAUUAGCAGCACUGGCUAAUCAGCCCUAAUGAUGAUGAGGCACUGGGCAGCACUGACCCCAUUAGCACACCCAUGUUCCCUGGCCCCAUAACUCUAACACACCGGGCUUCAAAUAGUACUUUUCUUUCAAAUACUUUGGGCAUUGAAAUUGCCAGACGGGCAGGGUUUGCAGUUGCACUUUUGGGACUAUUCAAUUGGUUCCAUUGCACCAGGCAAGCUAAAUCAACCUGAGCUAAAGUAUUUGAAAGGAAACCAAUAUAAACCACAAGCCUAACCCUAGCUUAAUGUUCACAUCCCGGUUCAACCCUGACCCUCAGCCACAACCCUAACCCUUUUCUAUGUCUCCUCUCUCAGGAGAUAUCUAACUAAGAGCCCUGAGGAAGCUGCUGCCAUGAACGACGAAGAUGAUGAUGAGUACGAUGAAGGUCUGCCCUUCAGUAAGAGUUAUAGGAUUAUAAGUCACGCAGGUCUCCCUGCACCACCAAACCUGCCCCUCUAGGUCCCAGAGUCUUUCUAGGGCUGAAGUAGUCUACUGAAUAGACUAUCUCAAAUAAAAGAAAAUCUUAUGUCACAUGCUUCGUAAAAAACAGGUGUAGACUAACAGUGAAAUGCUUACUUAUGGGCUCUUCCCAACAAUGCAGAGAGAAAAAUAUAGAAACAAUUAUAUCACGAGGAAUAAAUACACAAUGAGUAACGAUAACUUGGCUAUAUACACAGGGUACCAGUACCGAGUCGAUGUGCAGGGGUACAUAUAGGUAGGGGUAAAGUGAUUAGGCAAUAGGAUAGAUAAUAGACAGUAGCAGCAGCGUUUGUGAUGAGGCAAAAGAGUUAGUGCAAAGAGGGUCAAUGCAGAUUGUCUAGGUAGCUAUUUGGUUAACUAUUUAGUAGUCUUAUGUUUUUUUCAAAUCAAAUCAAAUUGUAUUUGUCACAUGCGCCGAAUACAACAGGUGUGGACCUUACCGUGAAAUGCUUACUCACAAGCCCUUAAUCAACAAUGCAGUUAAAGAAAUAAAGAAAAUAUUUACUAAAUAAAAUAAUGUUGAAAACAAAAUAAAAAGUAACACAAUAAAAUAACAAUAACGAGGCUAUAUACAGAGGGUAUUGGUACUGAGUCAAUGUGCGGGGGUACAGGUUAGUCGAGGUACAUUUUGUACAUGUAGGUAGGGGUUUGGGGGUAGAAGCUGUUCAGGGUCCUGUUGGUUCCAGACUUGGUGCAUCGGUACCGCUUGCCGUGCGGUUAGCAGAGAAAAGUCUGUGACUUGGGUGGCUGGAGUCUGACAGUGUUUAGGGCCUUCCUCUGACACUGCCUGGUGUAGAGGUCAUGGAUGGCAGGGAGCUCGGUGGACUGGGCCGUACGCACUACCCUCUGUAGCACCUUGUGGUCGAUGCCAUGCAGUUGCCAUACCAAGCGGUGAUGCAGCCAGUCAAGAUGCUCUCAAUGCAAGUUAGAAUUUUGUAAAGUUAGUGUGGGAGAGGUGGAAAAAUUAUUGUUAUCGAUCAAUAAUGACAAACCUCCUGGCAUUGUCAACUUAGAUGGAAAGCUGCUGAGGAUGGUAGCUGACUCUAUAGCCACUCCUAUCUGUCAUAUCUUUAAUCUGAGCCUAGAGGAAAGUCUUUGUCCUCAGGCCUGGAGGGAAGCCAAAGUCAUUCCGCUACCAAAGAAUGGUAAAGCGGCCUUUACUGGUUCUAACAGAAGACCUAUAAGCUUGCUGCCAGCUCUUAGCAAACUGUGUUUGACCAAAUACAAUGCUAUUUCUCUGUAAAUAAAUUAACAACAGGACUUUCAGCAUGCUUAUAGGGAAGGGCACUCAACAUGUACUGUACUGACACAAAUGACUGAUGAUUGGUUGAAAGAAAUUGAUAAUAAGAAGAUUGUGGGAGCUGUACUGUUAGAUUUCAGUGCAGCCUUUGAUAUUAUUGACCAUAACCUGUUGUUGAAAAAACGUAUGUGUUAUGGCUUUUCAACCUCUGCCAUAUCGUGGAUUCAGAGCUAUCUAUCAAUUUUUUUUAAAAUGGAAGCUCUCUAGGCCCCCUCUACUCUUUUCUAUUUUUACCAAUGACCUGCCACUGGCAUUAAACAAAGCAUGUGUGUCCAUGUAUGCUGAUGAUUCAACCAUAUACGCAUCAGCAACCACAGCUAAUGAAGUCACUGAACUGGUCCUGAACAUCUCUAAAACUAAGAGCAUUGUAUUUGGUACAAAUCAUUCUCUAAGUUCUAGACCUCAGCUGAAUCUGGUAAUGAAUGGUGUGGCUGUUGAACAAGUUGAGGAGACUAAAUUACUUGGCGUUACCUUAGAUUGUAAACUAUCAUGGUCAAAACAUAUAGAUUCAAUGGUUGUAAAGAUGGGGAGAGGUCUGUCCGUAAUAAAGAGAUGCUCUGCUUUUUGACACCACAUUCCAAAAAGCAAGUUCUGCAGGCUCUAGUUUUGUCUAAUCUUGAUUAUUGUCCAGUCGUGUGGUCCAGUGCUGUAAAGAAAGACCUAGUUAAGCUGCAGCUGGCCCAGAACAGAGCGGCACGUCUUGCUCUUCAUUGUAAUCAGAGGGCUGAUAUAAAUACUAUGCAUGCCAGUCUCUCUUGGCUAAGAGUUGAGGAGCGACUGACUGCAUCACUUCUUCUUUUUAUAAGAAUCAUUGUGUUGAAAAUCCCAAAUUGUUUGCAAUAGUCAAUUUACACACAGCUCUGACACACACACCUACCCCACCAGACAUGCCACCAGGGGUCUUUUCACAGUCCCCAAAUCCAGGACAAAUUCAAGAAAGCGUUCCAUCUCAUAUUGCUCAGAUAAACAGCAAACCUGGUUUCAAAAACAGAUAAAGCAACACCUCAUGGCACAACGCCUCUCCCCUAUUUGACCUAGAUAGUUUGUAUGUAUUGAUAUGUAGGCUACGUGUGCCUUUAAAAAUAAUGUAUGUAGUUCUGUCCUUGAGCUGCUCUUGUCUAUUAAUGUUCUGUAUUAUGUCAUGUUUUGUGUGGACUCCAGGAAGAGUAGCUGCUGCUUUUGCAACAGCUAAUGGGGAUCCUAAUAAAAUACAAAAAAUACCAAAAUGGUGCAGCUGUAGAACUUUUUGAGGAUCUGAGGGCCCAUGCCAAAUCUUUUCAGCCUCCUGUGUUGGAAGAGGCAUUGUCGUGUCUUCUUCACUACUGUGUUGGUGUGUAUGGACCAUGUUAAUGUCUUGGUGAUGAGGACACUGAGGAACUUGAAGCUCUCGACCCGCUUAACUACAGCCCCAUCGAUGUGGAUGGGGGUGUGCUCGGCCCUCAGUAGUUCCUGAUCGUGGACUACAGGAAACAAUCUAUCCAUUGAAUUAUCUAUCCAUUGAAUUAAUCUGAGAAGACAAAACAUUUGCAUGAUGACAUUUUUCCCAUGCUGUGUUUUAAAUGUGCUGUCUGGGGUGCUAUAGCCAGACCAGGGACUGGGUUCUGUCAUAGAUAUCACAGCUUUAAUCGGUCUCUCUCACCCCAGGACUACAGAGCAUUAAUGCCUGGCAUUAAUUAAGUUCAUGCCGCUUUCACACUUUGCCACUAAAUCUAUGCAUGAGUCAUUCUGUCUGUUACUUAUUUGAUGACUGUAAGUCGCUUUGGAUAAAAGCGUCUGCUAAAUGGCAUAUUUAUUAUUAUUAUCUGGUGAUCCUCAAACUAACAAUGUCUUAUUAAUGUGAGUCAUGAAAACAGGACACGACACGUUCUAAAGUGGAUCGAUUGAAUUCAGGCCUUGAAAGAUUCUAGUCGAUUGUGGCUCUGCUUAUACCAAAACAGUCUUUAAUUUGGUUCAGAUCUCAGAUGUGAUCUAGCCGCUGAGUCACUCGAGGAAUGCCAGUAAGUUACAUAUUGUGCAAAAAGUUACAUAUUGCAGCUUUAAGUUGUUAUGUUUUGUCUCUAUUAGGCAUUUGUGUCUCAUAAAUAUGCCAAUACAUUACUAAUCAGAAAUCUGUAUUUUCAAUAUUUUUCAUGUUUCUGCUCUCAUCUCUAGCAUGGAGAAACAUUCUCUCCAUCCAAUGUCAAUGUCUGAUACUGUUGAGAGCAUGUAGUACAGUUAGAUGUAGGAAAGAGUUAUAUUUUUGUAUAUAAUUCGGAAUAAAACUCAUAUUCUGAAGACAAACUCCUUAGGCGCAGGUCCAUUCUUCACUCUUAAAGUAUAAAGAAAAAUGUGUACCCAUUGCCAUUUGUAUUGAGAGUGUGCCAGUAUGAUUUAUAGCUAACAUUUUCAUUGAUUCUUAAUUUGUGUACAUGCAUAGUUACAGUGCCUUCAGAAAGUAUUCAAAACCCAUGACUUAUUCCACAUUUUGCAGUGUUACAGCCUGAAUUCAAAAUUGAUGAAAUAUAUAUUUUUUCUCUCACCCAUCUACACACAAGACAUAGUCCCCCUAUUUUAGGGGACCAAAGUAUUGGGACAAAUCCACUUACGUGUAUUAAAGUAGUCAAAAAGUUGAGUAUUUGGUCCCUUAUUCCUAGCACGCAAUGAUUACAUAAAGCUUAUGACUCUACCAACUUGUUGGAUGCAUUUGCUGUUUGUUUUGGUUGUGUUUCAGAUUAUUUUGUGCCCAAUAGAAAUGAAUGAUAAAUAAAGUAUUGUCAUUUUGGAGUCACCUUUAUUGUAAAUAAGAAUAGAAUGUCUCUAAACACUUCUACAUUAAUGUGGAUGCUACCAUGAUUACGGAUACUCCUGAAUGAAUCGUGAAUAAAUGAUGAGUUACAGAGGCAUACAUAUAAAAAUAAAUGCUAACCUCCCCUGUUAUUGUAAGGGUGAGAGGUUAGCAUGUCUUCUUGGGGGUAUGAUAUUUGUGGGUCUGUAACUUUCUCACUCAUCAUUAUCACAUUUACAUUAUUUAGCAGACGCUCUUAUCCAGAGCGACUUACAGUUAGUGCAUACAUAUUAUUUUUUUAUACUGGCCCCCCGUGGGAAUCGAACCCACAACCCUGGCGUUGCAAAACGCCAUGCUCUACCAACUGAGCUACCUCCCUGCCAGCCAUUCCCUCCCCUACCCUGGACCAAUUGUGCACCGCCCCAUGGGGUCUCCCGGUCGCGGCCGGCUACGACAGAGCCUGGAUUCGAACCAGGAUCUCUAGUGGCACAGACCACUGCGCCACUCGAUUAGUCCAUUCUUAGCCUGUAAUUUUGGUAAUUUGUGUGGUAUUAAAAAAUAUUCUGCUAAUAUGUAAAAUGAUGUAGAAUUGCAGGAAAUGUUUAUAAAGGCUAUAAAGCAAUGAGUGUAGACAGCCUCCUGCUGCUCUGCUAAUGGUCAGAUGGAGAUAGGGGGCCGUCAUUGUAAAUAAGAAUUUGUUCUUAACUGACUUGCCUAGUUAAAUAAAGGUUAAAUAAAAAAUAAAAAAACUGGGGGGCCCUGCCUUGAUUGGGUAACUGAUUUAUAAAAGAUUAACUGCAUAAUAAAUACAUGUGACUGGUCAAUUGUGUGCCCAGUCACAAGAGGCAAAAAAAAAUAUAUAUAUAUAUAUACAGUGGGGAGAACAAGUAUUUGAUACACUGCCAAUUUUGCAGGUUUUCCUACUUACAAAGCAUGUAGAGGUCUGUAAUUUUUAACAUAGGUACACUACAACUGUGAGAGACGGAAACUAAAACAAAAAUCCAGAAAAUCACAUUGUAUGAUUUUUAAGUAAUUAAUUUGCAUUUUAUUGCAUGACAUAAGUAUUUGAUACAUCAGAAAAGCAGAACUUAAUAUUUGGUACAGAAACCUUUGUUUGCAAUUACAGAGAUCAUACGUUUCCUGUAGGUCUUGACCAGGUUUGCACACACUGCAGCAGGGAUUUUGGCCCACUCCUCCAUACAGACCUUCUCCAGAUCCUUCCGGUUUCGGGGCUGUCGCUGGGCAAUACGGACUUUCAGCUCCCGCCGAAGAUUUUCUAUUGGGUUCAGGUCUGGAGACUGGCUAGGCCACUCCAGGACCUUGAGAUGCUUCUUACGGAGCCACUCCUUAGUUGCCCUGGCUGUGUGUUUCGGGUUGUUGUCAUGCUGGAAGACCCAGCCACGACCCAUCUUCAAUGCUCUUACUGAGGGAAGGAGGUUGUUGGCCAAGAUCUCGCGAUACAUGGCCCCAUCCAUCCUCCCCUCAAUACGGUGCAGUCAUCCUGUCCCCUUUGCAGAAAAGUAUCCCCAAAGAAUGAUGUUUCCACCUCCAUGCUUCACGGUUGGGAUGGUGUUCUUGUGGUUGUACUCAUCCUUCUUCUUCCUCCAAACACGGCGAGUGGAGUUUAGACCAAAAAGCUCUAUUUUUGUCUCAUCAGACCACAUGACCUUCUCCCAUUCCUCCUCUGGAUCAUCCAGAUGGUCAUUGGCAAACUUCAGACGGGCCUGGACAUGCGCUGGCUUGAGCAGGGGGACCUUGCGUGCGCUGCAGGAUUUUAAUCCAUGACGGCGUAGUGUGUUACUAAUGGUUUUCUUUGAGACUGUGGUCCCAGCUCUCUUCAGGUCAUUGACCAGGUCCUGCCGUGUAGUUCUGGGCUGAUCCCUCACCUUCCUCAUGAUCAUUGAUGCCCCACGAGGUGAGAUCUUGCAUGGAGCCCCAGACCGAGGGUGAUUGACCGUCAUCUUGAACUUCUUCCAUUUUCUAAUACUUGCGCCAACAGUUGUUGCCUUCUCACCAAGCUGCUUGCCUAUUGUCCUGUAGCCCAUCCCAGCCUUGUGCAGGUCUACAAUUUUAUCCCUGAUGUCCUUACACAGCUCUCUGGUCUUGGCCAUUGUGGAGAGGUUGGAGUCUGUUUGAUUGAGUGUGUGGACAUGUGUCUUUUAUACAUGUAACGAGUUCAAACAGGUGCAGUUAAUACAGGUAAUGAGUGGAGAACAGGAGUGCUUCUUAAAGAAAAACUAACAGGUCUAUAAUUAAUUGUAAUUAAUUACUUAAAAAUCAUACAAUGUGAUUUUCUGGAUUUUUGUUUUAGAUUCCGUCUCUAACAGUUGAAGUGUACCUAUGAUACAAAUUACAGACCUCUACAUGCUUUGUAAGUAGGAAAACCAGAAAAUCGGCAGUGUAUCAAAUACUUGUUCUCCCCACUGUAUAUAUAGCCACAGAGGAUCUAUAGUUUCAACAAAAAAAAUACUGUGGAUAAAGGUUUUGCACAACGCAUGCAGGUAACUGCCAAAAUAAAGGAAACAUCAACAUAAAGUGUCUUAAAAGGGUGUUGGGCUGCCAGAACAGCUUCAACAGUUUUGUCGUAGAUUCUACAAGUGGACCUAAAUCAUGCCAGGAAAAUGCCCCCCACACACUCAAGUGUUUCCCACAGUCGGGAAGGCCACAAUUUGGGCAGCAUGCCCACCAAAUAUACAGCUUGUUGCAUUGUGGCUAUAGACAUAAUCCAUAGUUGGGUUUUGGAACCACUUACCCUGGCAAUUUUUGUGUUAAACUCAUGGGUACACUAGCAAUAGCUGCCAGACUUGAAUGGGAACUGCCAUCUAUGGAUUAUAUUUCUAUGGUUGGUUGCGUCUGUCUGUUUGCCCUUUGCAAGUUUCAAAAUACAAUUGUUGAACCAAUAGAAGAAGAAAAAUCUCAACAACUCCCAAUUUUUUGCGAAGAGCAGUACUGUUUAUCAAAGUAGCUCAUCGUGAGAUAGACUAUUGCCAAGAGGAGCACAUCGACCAUCAAAGCCCCGGCGCCUAUGAUUUCUUAAUCCGGCCCUGGUUGUGUUUGUAUGAUUAAAUGCUGUUCAAAUGUCCUAUGAAUUUCAUUAAAUGCCACGUGUCUCUAGAUCACCUUCAAAUGCAAAUUUCCAUUAAAUCUGGAGAGAAACAUAAUGGGGAUGUAUUCCAAUCUGCUUUCUUAUGCUUUAAGGAGCUACAAAUGUGCAUGCUGAGAAUGUUGUGGUAAUAUUAGGUAAAACUUAAAUAUAACAUUUUCUAAAUGUUCCUGAAAUGUUCUGAGGACCUCCAUGACAAGUUAAAAUGAAUAUUCUGUGAACAUCAAUGGAACAUUAUGUUAAACCUAAAACAAUUAUGCUAUGAACAUCAUAAAAACGUAUUUGCAGUGGUGUAAAGCACUUAAGUAAAAAUACUUUACAAUACGUUUUGAGUUUCACAAUGCAUUUAUUUAAUUUUUUUACGUAUCAGAAUGCGUUUUGUAAUUCUGGGACUGUGCAAUAAAACCCCGCUGGCUUUUUACUUUCUCUUAUGAUUUCCUUGAAUCAAGUACUUCAACGGUAUUGCCGAAAUGUCGGGACCAUUACAACAACGCCGAGGCCAACGGUUUCUAAGGAUGAAUCAAGAGUUAAUGAAAUUAAAUAUGUUUGUCAGCAUACUCAUCCAAAAACAUACAACAAGGUGUGUAAAAAGAUGCCUGUCUAUUUCUGCGCAACUUGUCCCCUAUAGCCUAUAAUAACAGUCACUAGUGCAGUUACAAUGUUGUCCGUUAGGUGGCACCAGCCAUCUAAUAUCAAUGAAGAACACUAGCCAAAAUGACAUGAUGGCAGUCAUAUAUCAUUUCCUUUGACAUGUUUUAUAUUCUAUUUUCAAAUAAGUGAUAUUGACAUGCAUACACUUUCAGAUCUAUAUUUAAGGUCUGUUAAGACCUAUCUUGGCUAGAAUUUUUGUAUUGUAGCCUACCAUCCGGGUUUGGCCGGUGUAGGCUGUAAUUGUAAAUAAGAAUUUGUUCUUAACUGACUUGCCUAGUUAAAUAAAGGUAAAAUAAAAAAUAAAAAUAAAUUCAUUUUUACAAUUUGAAGUAGUAACCUAAGCCUAAACCAUGUAAUUCUCUUUUACCAUGAGUACAUGGCUGUUCCAAGGGAGACACAGUGGUGGCUGACUGCAUUUGACGGCUGGACUGACAGAGAGGAGGGCGAACUUUAGGAUGAGGAAGACAACAUUCCUCAGUCUAUGUGAUAUUCUUGGUCCUUCUCUUGUCCAGCAACAGUGUCUUUACAGGAAAGCACUGUCUGUGGGGCAGCGUGUUGCCAUUUGUCUGUGGAGACUUGCCACUAAUGUAGAGUACCAAACCAUAUUGUUAUUGUUUGGUGUAGGUUUGUCAACUGCAGUCCCUAAUCAAAUUGCCAGUCUCAUCCGGGAGAAAAUGUUGCACGUUUACAUUUACAUUUUACAUUUUAGUCAUUUAGCAGACGCUCUUAUCCAGAGCGACUUACAGUUAGUGCAUACAUUAUUUUAUCGAACCCACAACCCUGGCGUUGCAAACGCCAUGCUCUACCAACUGAGCUACAUCCCCUGCCGGCCAUUCCCUCCCCUACCCUGGACGACGCUGGGCCAAUUGUGCGCGCCGCCCCAUGGGUCUCCCGGUCGCGGCCGGCUGCGACCAACGGAGGCUGAGUUCAGGGACAUAGUAAAAUGGAAUCCGGGACCGUCAACCAGGAUUCCCUCAAUGCCGUGGAGCAGUCGAUGGCACUCAUAUACCCAUCAUAGCACCACAACAAGACAAGAGGGACUAUUAUCACAGAAAGGGUUUUUACUCAGUGGUCCUAAAAGGGGUUGUAGGUCACAAAUGAACGUUUUGGGACAUCCACAUUGGUUGGGCUGGCACAGUUCAUGAUACCCAUGUGCUGGCCAACUCAGCACUAUUUACCAAGGGUCAGGAGGGCAGACUACUCCCAAGAUGGACAGACCUUUCAUGGAGUGAAUGUGCCACUUGUAAUACUAGGAGACGCUGCCUACACACUUCUUCUGUGGCUGAUGAAGCUCUACUCAGAGAGAGGAGGAAUCACACCUGUGCUGACCAACUUUAAUGAGUGGCUCAGUAGUUGUUGCAUGCCUGUAGAGCGGGCUUGUCCUCGAGUGAAGGAAAGGUGUUUGCUUAAAUGCAAUGACUCUCACAUUGACAUAAUAAACACACUAAUUACGGCAUGUUGUGUGCUGCAUAAUUUUUGUGAAAUUCAUCAUGAGACUUGAGGAGGAUAAAGUACAACAACAAAGAAUUCCCAGCAAUGCAACUGGAAGGGAGGGCAACUCCCAUAACUUAAUUAAAUGUUCUGGGAACCUUUAAAGAACUUAGACCAGGUGUUCUAUCAACAUUCUUACAACAUUAUAGGAAUGUCCUGUGCAACCUAACUUAAACAUUGUAUGAAUGUCAUCACAACUGAGCAUAUUGUGUGCUUUGGGAACCUACAGUGCUGUGAAAAAUGAUUUGCCCCUUUCCUGAUUUUUGCAUAUUUUUGAUACUGAAUGUUAUCAGAUCUUCAACCAAAACCAAAUAUUAGAUAAAAGGAACCUGAGUUUACAAAUAACAUUUAUUUUUUAUUUUUAUAAAUACAAUAAGUAUCCAAAGUUAUGCAACACCCAAUGCCCUGUGUGAAAAAGUAAUUGAUCCCUUACACUCUAUAAUUGGUUUUGCUACCUUUAGUUGCAAUGACUCCAACCAAACGCUUCCUGUAGUUGUUGAUCAGCCUCUCACGCCGCUGUGGAGGAAUUAUGGCCCACUCUUCCAUGCAGAACUGCUGUAACUCAGCAACAUUUGUGGGUUUUCAAGCAUGAACUGCUCGUUUCAAGUCCUGCCACAACAUCUCAAUUGGGAUUAGGUCUGGACUUUGACUAGGCCAUUCCAAAACUUCUAAUUUGUUGCUUUUUAGCCAUUUUCAUGUAGACUUGAUUGUGUGUUUUGGAUCAUUGUCUUGCUGCAUGACCCAGCUGCGCUUCAGUUUCAGCUCACAGACGGAUGGCCUGAUAUUCUCCUGUAGAAUUCUCUGAUACAGAGCAGCAUUCAUGGUUCCUUCUAUUAAGGCAAGUCAUCCAGGUCCUGAGGCAGCAAAGCAUCUCCAAACCAUCACACUACCACCACCAUGCUUGACCGUUGGUAUGAUGUUCUUACUGUGGAAUGCAGUGAUUGGUUUUCACCAGGCAUAAUGGGACCCAUGUCGUCCAAAAAGUUGACUCAAGUUUGCCAAAAAGCACCUGGAUGAUCAUCAAGACUCUUGGAAGAAUGUUCUAUGGACAGAUGAUUCAAAAGUACAACUUUUUGGACAUUACGGAGAAUUAAGUAAAACUACAAGUCCAAAUCCCUAUCUCCAUCCAUGGCAAAUUUAGGAAAGGGCCUAUUUUAGCUAGCUAGCUAGCUAGCCACCGGAGGACAACAACACAACAAGAUGCAGUUAUUUUGAAAAAAGUUUGUCAAUGACAUUCGGCUUGAUGUGAUGUGAUUGGUGUGAAGCCAAAUCUAAACUUGCUUCCCUUUACACCUUUUUUUGGUGCAGCAGGACCAUUCACAAUUGAGCUCACUCAGUUUAUCUCAACGCUGAUUAGCUAUUACUGUAUAGAAAAAAAUAUAAAGGGAGGCCUAAUGUUCGCUGGCUUCCCUUGCAUUCAAUGCUACGGGUGACAACAAUGUCAUACUCUUUUUGACCAGACAGCAUCAGAUAGAUGGGCUACACAUACAGAGACAGAGGGGCGCUGUUUUGCUCGCUCAGAUGCUUUCUCCAGUGAGAUACAUUCAGCCUCUUGCGAAUUGAAAGAAAAUGAUGAAACACAAAGAGACGAAAGAUACAUUAUUGUAUGUAUUUUUCUUUUGUUAUUGGUACAUUUUUUAGGGAAGCCUGGCUUCCCUUGGCAUCCACUGCCAGAGCAGAUAAUUUGAUAAGAGAGAUUUAAAUGUAAUAAAUGUAAGGUUAUCUUUCUUUUGUUUAUGUAAAAAUAGAUAGAAAUGUAUCCAUUUUAAGGUUGUGUCAUUAGAUUUGGGGAGGGGAGCGGUCACUAGAAAUUCUGGCCCCCCAAAAAAUGGGGUCCCCUGAAAUUCUGGCAUAAAAAUGGGUUCCCUGCUGAAAAACCUUGAAUACCACUACUGUAGACAUUACUAUUGUACUCCGACUGUGACUUUGUGUAAUUUGUCACUAGAGGGCAGUAGCAGUACACUACUGUUUACAAGGGAACAUCAGCUGUGUACGUGUUCUGUCUCAAUCAUCAUAAGGUUCAAAUGAUCCUCAGACUUAGACUUCAUGGCUGCAUUUACACAGGCAGCCCAAUUCUGAUAUUUUUUCACUAAUUGGUCUUUUGACCAAUCAGAUCUUUUGCCAAUAAUUGGGCAAAAGAUCAGAAUUAGGCUGCCUGUGUAAAUGCAUAAAGCUUCUAGCAAUACCAUAUGUUACUGUUUUUCUAAAAUCCAUUAAGUUUGUGUGUAUGUGUCAUGGGCAGGAUCUGAACCCAGGUCUCCCAUAGGAGAAACCAAUGUCUUGAUCGUUAGACCAAGAGGAAAUUACCUCUUGGGCCGAGGGUGACACUGAUCUUGAAGUACAAGCAGGGCUACGUCAUCACUAGACCAUGAGCCCGACUGAUGUCCACUAUGUGUGUGUGUUAUAUGAGGCAUGUUGCAAUUCCUGACCCCUGACCUUUACAGAGCCCCAUCCAGUGAGACUGAUUGUGAUGGCCUGUCUCUGUCUGACCAGGUCAUGAGAGGUCAAGGCAUUUAUGUCAUCACUCACUGACUAACACCCAUGCAUGCCACCUCUGUAGAACACAACACAAUAACUUUAUAUGGACAUUUUGUGUAGCUUCCUCUCUCACUCUAGGGUCAGGGCAAGACAGAGGGAGAGAAAGAGAGAAGGAGAGGACGGGAAAAAAGAGAGAG